UGUAAAUGUAUAUUAUGAAUAAAUAUACCAUUUUCAAUAAUAUUUUUUACAUAAGUACAUAAAUAAACACUAGUAAAAAAAGGAGUUACGAAGGCGCCAUAUAUGCCUCGGUUAUGCCAAAACCGAAACGUAAAAAAUUAUACGCAGUGGAAGGGUGAUACUGUCUCGGCUCACACAAGAACCAAAGCCUAUACUCUUGCUUCGUGCACCGCAACUCAGACUGACAACUUUUUUAGAAGGCUUUAUUGCCUCGGGUGGCCAGCAACCGAUGCUUAAAGGCAUUUGCAAGUCAGAAACUACUCUGCAAGUCAGACUGUGAUGGUGACAGCUCUCUAAUGCCUCAGUUAGCUAAGCAACCAAAGCAUAUACCAUAUGGUUGUAUUACCUCGGAUUUUUUGUUCAACCGGUGCCAUAUAGUCAAUUUCACCUAAUGUUCUUCUCUCUACUGCAUCCAAGAUCCAAAAAAGGUUAAAGGUCUCCACUUUCUUCUCUCUGCUGCUCGGUUAAAGUCUCCACUUUCUUCUCUCUGCUGCACGGUUAAAGUCUCCACUUUCUUCUCUCUCGCUGCAUCCAGAUCCAAAAAAGUUCUCCACUUUUCUUCUCUCUCGCCCCUCUCCCUCAACUCCAGCAUUCCUUGACCAACCUCUUCUCCUCCGCCAUGACAAAGAGAGAGCUCGCGACGGUGCGGCGAGGCGAGGCGAGACAGCUCGCGACGGUGCGGCGAGGCGAGGCGAGACAGCUCGCGACGGUGCAGCGAGAGAGUCCGCGACGGUGCGACGAGAGCUCGCGACGGUGCGGCAAGACAGCCCGUGACGGUGCAACGAGAGCCCGCGAUAGCGGCUGCGAUGGUGGAAACCCUAUUCUCAUGGAGCAGCAAGGAGGCGGCAGCGGCGAGGAUGCGGCGGCGGCAUGGUGGCGGAAACCCUUUUUGGUUCUGUUUCUGUGCAGGUGGAUGGUGAAACGGAUAUCUGAUUUUGGUUUUUGGUUUGGAUCUGGAAUAAAGCCUCCUCCUCCUCUCUUCCACCUCCAGUGUCGUGUGCUCUUUCCCCGCUUCCUGUUUCCCCUUUCUUAGAUUGGAGCAAUCAUCUAAGUUUGUCAAAGUAAUUUUGCCCCAAAAACAUGGAUGAAAAAAAUUGCAAGAAACCAAAACCAACACUGAUCUCGGUUGGAUGAAAAAAAUUGCAAAUAAUAGAACGAGAAACCAAAACCAACACUGAUCUCGGUUGAGAAUAAAAGAAUUAAAAAAUUCUACUGCCUCGGUUGACUGUGAACAGAGGCAGAAUCUGAACCCUUCUGAUUCGGUCCAAAACCGAGUCAAAAAAACCUAUCUUUUUAUUUCGGCUGUAUAUGACCUGGUCGCAGAACCAGUGUCUAUACUUAAAAAUAACCGAGGCCGUUUAUA